AUGAAGCCUGUCAUUCUACACGCCCAUGCGACGGGCCCGAAUCCUAUCAAGGUGGCGAUGGCCUUAGAGUCACUGAAAGUUCCUUUCACAAUCAAGAUGUGGGAUUUCGGCGAUGACCCAAACACCGGCGUCAAGGGCACUACUUUUCUGAAGAUCAACGAAAAUGGCCGAGUGCCGGCUCUGGAAGACCCAAAUACGGGAGUUGUCUCGUGGGAAUCUGGGGCUUGUAUGAAUUAUAUACGUCGAGUGUACGACAAGGCGAACACGAUUGGCCCUCCUGGUACUUCAGCACAGGAGCUGGUAGAUUUCGAGAAAUGGGAGUAUUUCUUGUUAUCGACCUUAGGUCCAAUGACGGGUCAGACAAAUUGGUUCCGGUUGGCAUAUCCUUCCUUUGUGUGGCAUGUUUUGCCAGGCAGACUGAUUACUUUAGACACUAUCACUCCCAGAAGAAUGAUGAUGCCCUCGAACGUUAUACUUCUCAGACUUAUCGAUGUUAUGAUGUUCUGGAAGAACAACUGGACAAGUCUCAAGGUCAGAGCAUUAUUCCGGGCCGAGUCACGGCUGUCGAUUAUCACUUUGAACCUUGGGUUAGACAACAUUCAUUUGCUGGACUUUCUCUGGAGAAGUACCCUAUGA